CCCUCCUCAUCCCCCCCUCCCUCCCUUCCUCCUCGUCACUGAUCCUCUCUCCCUCUCUCUCUCCCGCCAGCUGUGCUACCCCUCGUUUCACUCCUCAUCGGGAUCGAGCUGCUCAGCCAGAGUGCAGUCAUUGCACGCGAUCCAUCGGCCUUCUCCACCGUUAACUGGUCUUCUAGGCAGAUCGAAAACCAAAGACUUUCUGCACCACCAUGAGCUGCACGCAGCCCCCUCCGCUACCAACCGAUCCAGAUGCCCCGCCAUCCUUCCAGGGAUGGCACAUCUUCGACUCAUCAUCGGAUCACUGGAAGUCACUACAACCAUCCACCAACUCCACGCCCCGCGAUGAGAGCACCAUGCAAAGCUCCACGGACACCAAAUCACAGCCCCCUGCACUUUCCCUCGUAACAUGGAACGUAGACGCCUUCGCCAAGUUUCCCGACGACCGCAUGGCUGGCAUCAUUUCUACCAUACGCAACCAGACCCCCCCGCCUAACAUACUUUUCUUUCAAGAAGUAUCCCGGGCAGCCUUAAAAUACCUGUUCGACAAUCCCUGGAUCCGUGAGAACUGGUACUUCAGCGAGGGGAGCUUCAAGAACUGGGGUGGGCAUGCAUUCGCAACCGUGAUGCUCCUUUCCAAAGUCGACUUUAGCACGGAAGAGCAGGAUACAGAUAAGAUAUGCAUCGGACCAGUCUGGCGAGUCAAAUACCCAAGUAAGUUUGACCGGGAUGCUCUCUGCUGCGAUGUCUUCCUGCCACCGUCCGGUACGCGUGUUCGGUUGAUCAACGUGCAUCUGGACUCUCUCGCUCUUCAGCCUAAUCGCCGUCGACGGCAGCUCGCUAUCGUGGCAGAUAACCUUCACUUAGCUGGACAUGGCUUUGUUGCGGGAGACUUCAAUCCUCUUCUCCCAGAGGACGACUGCCUUGUUACAGCUAAUAGUCUAGUGGAUAUCUGGAGCGAGUUGCACCCAGAUGAUCCAGGCUUCACUUGGGGGCUUGAUGGUCGGGAACCUUAUCCCCCAGGUCGUUUAGACAAAGUUGCCAUUCAUGGACUCAAGGGACAGCAAAUUGACAUUCUACACCCUGGUGCCCUCGAGAGCUCAGGUUGGGGGCUGCUACUAAAGAAGCUGGACCCGCCGUUGCCAUGGAGUGACCAUUCCGGUCUGAAAUGCUGCUUACGUCUUGCUGAAAGACCCGUAUGAGUGAAGGCCUCUUAGCCUUCUCUUGGACUCGCGUUCCCUGGAUUUUCUCAUUCACAACUAAGACCCCACACAAAUCCAUCAGAUAUGACCUACACACCAGACAUAAGUCCCCUAUUACCCACGCACCCAUUCACUCAAGAACCACACUCAGGAAUC